CUCUCUCUCUCUCUCUCUCUCUCUCUCUCUCUCCUUUUUCCCACCGGUUUCUCUUAUCCGUCUCCUUUUCGUUACCACCGUUUCCUUCUCCCUUCAGAGAAAAAUCUGAACGCUUCUGCAAAUAUUUCUUCCUUUACCCCAAACGGGAAAACCCUAACCCUAUCAUCGGGCUCGCCUGGCGAGCCUCCUUUGUGGAACCUAGCACCAGAGAAAUGCAAUCAAUGGGAGCUUCAAUGAACGGCAUGCCAGGAUCCUCCGCGCCCUCAGCAACAGCUGCCUCUGCCUCCCAUAUUGCCCUCCACGAGCUCUCGAACGGUAGCUGUCAGCCCCAUAUCCAGAACCCUAAUUUGCAAGGCUCCUCUUCCCCGUUCGACCCAUCGGCAGCCAGCAACGAUGAUUUCUUUGACCAGAUGUUCUCCACCAUCCCUUCUUGGCCGGACCUUGCAAAGUCCCCAUGGGAUCUCACGAACCCCGCCUCCGCUGCCUCCGGAUACGACGAAUCUUCCCUCCUCGCUUCCCGGCUCCGGCAGUACCAGAUUAGCAGCGGCGACGGUGGAUCUCCGGUAGGAAAGUCGAUGAUGCUGCCGCUCAGCCCACAGCAGCAACAGCAGUUGCUCCUCUCGGCUAUCGGCGGGAGGCCAAGCACCUCAGAUCCCGACUCCAGUGUCCUCACUCCGUUGCCGCUCUCUCUCAGCGCCGCCGGCCACGGAUCUGAUUCCGAUGCUUCCUUCAAAUCCCCUAAUUCCACUGGAGCAGAGGGGCUUUACAAUGGAUUCGGUAGUGCGUCACUCCAACGAUCGGCGAACCAGCCGCAACAUUUUCACCAGGCUCAGGGUGGAACAAUGCCUCAGCAGAGCUUUGGUGGAGUUCCACCGGCGGGGGGGUACCUGCCCCACCCGCACUCUGGGGCUCCUGCUGCUCCUCGGCAGCGAGUCCGCGCUAGACGCGGCCAGGCCACGGAUCCACACAGCAUCGCAGAACGACUUCGCCGGGAGCGGAUCGCAGAAAGGAUGAAAGCUCUUCAGGAACUCGUACCCAACGCAAACAAGACGGACAAGGCUUCCAUGCUGGAUGAGAUCAUCGACUACGUGAAAUUCUUGCAGCUUCAAGUUAAGGUACUUAGCAUGAGCCGCUUGGGAGGCGCCGCCGCCGUUGCUCCUCUCGUCGCCGACAUUUCCUCUGAGGGUGGUGCUGCCCCAGGGAGGGGAUCGCCGGCGGGCGCCCCGGCGACGGAACACCAGGUGGCUAAACUGAUGGAGGAAGACAUGGGUUCGGCGAUGCAAUACCUUCAAGGGAAGGGCCUCUGCCUGAUGCCCAUCUCCCUCGCCUCCGCCAUCUCCACCGCCUCCUGUCGCGGCCCCAACUCCAGCCUCCUCGCCGGCUCCGGCGCCGUCAACAAUCUGGCCAGUCUAAUCCCGGGUAUUCCGGGGGCCGGAGACGCUCCGUCGUCUCCAAGUCUAUCGGUGCUCACGGUGCAGUCCGCCGUGGCCGGCGGCUGUGAAAACGACCUCUCUCGAUCUUCCGGCAAGGAGGGCGCCGCCUCAGUAUCCAAGCCGUAGAGCUGGAAGACGACGAAACCAAAGUCUGACGUAAAUAAUGGCGUCUUUGGGUCAAUUUCUUUUCUGGAUUGACGCCCGUAUUUGCUUAGUAGACUUCUGCCAGCUUGCUCACACCACCACUAUCUCUUCAUCAUCAUCACUUUCUUUUUCCUCCCUUUCCCUUUCCCUUUCCCUUUCCAUAAAACCAUAUAAGUAUAUAUAUUUAAAAUUUCAGUCAACUUUCUAUUCUGCAUCCUGUAUCACUUUUUUUUUUUUUUUUGGUUAUGUUUUUUCGUGUU